ACGAAAGUGCAGUUUCUUUGUGUACUGAAUCUAUGUUUUGUUCGUUCGAAAAAUAGUUCGAAAUUUGUAUCGAUGUGUCAGGAGUUUUGGAACUGAAAUUAUAUUUCUCAACCGGAAAAAACAGCACUCGACCGGUCGGUCAGGUAUUUAACAAACUUUACACGCCGACCGUCAACUUCACUCGCAAAUUCGAGCGUACUUUCGUUUUGACAACUGACGUCAGAAAUUAUUCGAUGUGCGAUGUGAAUCUAAAAGUAGUUUUCAUGCAGAUUCAUUCAUACGACACAAAGACACAAUAAUAAUAAAAGCAUGGUCACUGCGGUUGAUUAAAACGUAUACGGUAAAGUGUAUAUAACAAGAAUUGCCUUUUAAGAAUGGUGAAUGAGGACUUAGGGGAGGAGAAUAGCCUAGAGCGCGCCUUGGAGAUGAGCAGGAGGGACAUCAGCACUGAUGAAGAUAACUGGCUAGCAGCAGUGGAUGACAAGGAGAACACAGUGCCCAACUCUGCUGCCGACGUCCCUAUGGUUACAUCAAAGUCUGAACUCUUGACCCCGUGCCUCUCUGACCCCAUGGCGGAGUUUGAUGACGACCCUACAGAGGGGACUGGGAUCGAAGGCAUCAAUGAUCUUCCAGACAUAAAUAAUGAGAUUCCACAGAACCAGUCAGUAGCCCAUACUGGUGUACCCAGGACUCAGGGAGCUGCUGGCUCCCAGACACAAGGGGCCCAGCCCCAGUCUGCAGACCCAGAGAAGCGCAAUCUUAUCCAGCAGCAAUUGGUCUUGCUUCUUCACGCUCACAAGUGUCAGCGGCGUGAGCAGAGCAAUGGUGGCGCGUGCACCCUGCCACACUGCAGAACCAUGAAGAAUGUGCUUAACCACAUGACCACUUGUAGUGCUGGCAGGUCAUGUCAAGUUGCUCACUGUGCUUCAUCAAGGCAGAUAAUCACCCACUGGAGAAACUGCUUGCGACAGGACUGUCCGGUGUGCUUACCAUUGAAGCGAGCCUCUGAUCGCCAGAAACAGCCUGUGGCAGUAGCAGCAGCAGGCGCAGCACAGGCUAGCCCAGCUGUGAGUACUGGGCCACAGGCGAAGGUGAAUGCUGCUACCCCACAAAUCCCCUCAAACAUGAAUGAGGCACAAAUGCAGAAGGCAUACGCUGCCCUAGGACUCACCUUCAAUGGGAUACAGGCUUCCACCUCCAGGCCUGGACAACUAAAUAAUCAAGUGAACCUAGGUUUGAAUCCAGGCCAGCCAGCGCAGGUUGGUAAUUCCAAUCCGACCCUGAACUCCCUCACUGCUGUGGGUGGUUUGAAUGCCACAGAUGGGCUGCAUAUUGUGGCACAGACAAACAAAGGCACACAACAGUGGCAUGAGAGUGUCACACAGGAUCUCAGAAAUCAUCUUGUUAAUAAAUUGGUUCAAGCAGCAUUCUCCACUCAAGAUCCAGCUGCAUUAAAGGACAGAAGGAUGAACAAUCUUGUUGCAUAUGCAAGAAAAGUGGAAGGGGACAUUUAUGAAACAGCCAAUAGAAGAGAGGAAUAUUACCAUUUUUUGGCGGAGAAGAUCUAUAAAAUCCAGAAAGAGUUGGAGGAGAAGCGUAUCCGUCGCCGUGAGGAACAACACAAGCAGCAGGGUGCAGGGACAGAUGUACCAGAUGGUCCAAGGUCUAACCCUACGUCCAGCUUGCCUGGUGACCUGUUUUGCAACCAGACCAGCAUAGCAACCCUUGGUAUUGGCCCCAGAAUGACUGCCAUGCAGCCGGGAUCCAGUCGAACCACACCUCCACUUGUGAACCAGGAGCCUGGUAUGCGGUCAGUUAAAGAGGAGCUGACCGGUCUGGACACUGGUGGGGUGUCCACACCCAAAACGGAGCCCCUGGACUCCAGUGAUGACAUGAAGUCAAACCCGAUGGACACCAGCAAGCCCUCAGGCACCACCCCAGUUACCUCACCUGCACAGCUCAAACCUCCUAGGUCAAAGAAAAUUUUCAAGCCAGACAAGUUGCGCAUGGCAUUGAUGUCAACUCUUGAAAAGUUGAAUCGACAAGACCCAGAAUCCCUGCCUUUUAGGCAGCCAGUUGAUCCUGUGGCUCUCCAGAUACAUGCAAAAAAGGCUUAUGAGGAGGACGAAAGUGACUUUGAAGAUGAAAUGCUUUCUGACGUGUCUAGAGAUCCAGAGAUGUCAUCCCCAAAACUGAGCACUCCAAAGAAAGGUGAUAAGAGUGAGGGCAAGAGUAAGGGAAAGAAAUCAAAGGUUGAAAACGACAUCAGUGACGAUUCGGACUUUGUGACACCCAAGAAAAAGAAGCGAUUCAAUAGCAAAAUCGUAGAUGCCAAGAUUUCAGACAGUCAUUCCGAAGAAGAGGCAAAUGGGAAAAAGGGAGCCAAAAAGGGAAAUAGCAAAGGGAAGCGUAAGGCAGAAAGUAGCUCAGAUGAGGACACAUAUACAGGAAAAAGAAAAUCCAAGGACAAGAAACGGCGCAGGAUCAAGAGAAUGGCGUACAGAAGGGAAGACGACAUUGGGACAGACGACGAGGACGUCCCAGACCCGGACACACCUGGCGGGUAUCUCAAGCGUCGUAAGAUCAGGAAGGUUCAGGGUCAAAAGAAGCUUGCAGACGAGACAAUGGCUGCUCAGAAGGCAGAGGAAUCUCGGAGAAAAUGUAUUGAGGAGAGGCAGAAAGAGUACAACGCAUACGUACAGGUGGAAGGGGCGGAGGAGGAAGGGGACAUUCCAGAGGGCACUGAGCGGGAGCAGGCCACUGACACGUCUAGCACCAACGAUAAGAUUCUUGGGUCGCCCCGCAAGGUUCUGGUGACGACCAAGUGCGUCCUGGAGAUGGACGAGAACAAGAAGCCACUCAUAGAGGUGGAUAGGACCCUCAUUAGGAAACUGAAGCCCCACCAGGUGGAGGCUGUGCGGUUCAUGUACAACUGCUGUGUGGAAAGAUUGGCUAUACGGAAGAAGGAAGAGGGAGCAGGCUGUAUCCUGGCUCACUGUAUGGGACUUGGCAAAACACUGUCUGUGAUCACUUUUGUACAUACCAUGUUGAGCAACGUGAAGCUAACAAAGAUGUCCAAGUGUCUUGUUGUGUGUCCACUCAACACCUGCCUCAACUGGGUCAACGAGUUCCAGAUUUGGCUGGACGACGUCGACUUUGAAAUCAAGGUGUACGAGAUGUCGCGGUUGAAGCAGAACUUUGUGCAUGCCGAGAUGUUGAAGGAGUGGCACGAGAGCAGGGCGGGAGUGAUGAUUCUCGGCUAUGACAUGUACAGGAAUCUUGUGAAGGGGUCACACUGCGAAAGCGAAAAGCAGAAGAAAAUAUUCUUUGAGACGCUCUCUAACCCUGGUCCUGACCUUGUUGUGUGUGAUGAGGGUCACAUCUUGAAGAAUGACAAGACCUCUCUCUUCAAGGCCAUGAACACAAUAACGUCACGCCGUAGGAUUGUUCUCACCGGCACUUCUUUACAGAAUAACCUUGGAGAAUACCACUGCAUGGUGAGCUUUGUCAAGCCCAGCCUUCUCGGUACCAGGAAGGAGUUCAACAACCGCUUUGCCAACCCGAUCACAAACGGACAGUGUAGCGACUCCACUCCUACGGACGUGAAGGUCAUGAAACGUCGCGCCCAUAUCCUCCACGAACUUUUGGCAGGGUGUGUCCAGAGGAAAGAUUACUCGGCCCUCACAAAAUUCCUUCCUCCCAAGAUGGAGUAUGUGAUUUCCGUGCGACUCUCAAAAGUGCAGAUGUCCCUGUAUGAAAAGUACCUGGAGCUGUCAGGGGUCACCACCAACCCUGACACAAAAACCAAGGGGGCGCAACUCUUCAAGGACUAUCAGGCCCUCAUGAGGAUAUGGACCCACCCCUGGGUGCUGAAACUUGACGAGAUCCGACAAGAGAAUAAGCGUCAGUUUGAUGACAGCAAGGAUUCUUUCAUAGAGGAUGAAGACAGUAAGGCUGAAGACUCAUUUAUAAAUGACUUCACCACGUCGGAUGAGGAUGAUAACGUUAUGUCCGACGACUCGACGAAGAAAUCCAAAAAGGAGGGUGCGGGAUCCUCGUGUAUGGACGAAGCUGACAUGGGGUACGGCGGCCCCAAGGAGCUUACCUCCGAGUGGUGGGCGGAGUUUGUCAAGGAGGAAGAUGAGUACAAGCUGGAGCUCUCUGGCAAGCUCAUGCUGCUCUUCGAGAUACUCAAGAUGUGUGAGGACAUAGGCGACAAAGUGCUAGUCUUCAGUCAAAGCCUCCUCUCCCUUGACAUCAUUGAGAAUAUCCUGGCAAAGAUAAAUGAAUUAAAUCAACCAGAAGCCAGCGGCGAUGGAGACAAUGCCGGAAACAAGGACGGGAAAGAGGGAGAUAAACCAAUGGAGGUUGCGGAAGGAGGAAUUGGAGGGGCCUCCUCGUCGGAGAUAGGAGCUGGUGAAGGGGCCAGCAAGGAAUUGAGUGAGGAGGACAAGAAGGCCAAGGAACUGAAAGAAAGGCUGUCUCAAUAUGGCAAGUCAUGGAUAAAGGGUGGUGAUUAUUUCCGCAUGGACGGCUCAACAAGUUCUAUUCACAGAAAAGCAGCUCAAGAUAUGUUUAAUGACCCAGAGAACUUCAGAGCCCGUGUAUUCUUGAUUUCAACGAAGGCUGGAAGCUUAGGAAUUAAUCUUGUGUCGGCCAAUCGUGUCAUCAUCUUUGAUGCUUCGUGGAACCCCUCCCACGACAUUCAGUCAAUAUUCCGAGCGUACAGAUUUGGACAAGUCAAGCCAGUGUAUGUGUACAGAUUUCUAGCACAGGGAACAAUGGAAGACAAGAUAUACGAGCGGCAGGUCACGAAGCAGUCGCUGUCGAAGAGAGUCGUGGAUGAGCACCAGAUAGAGCGUCACUUCACGGCGGCCGACCUUCAGGAACUGUACCGCUUCACACCUGACCGGCUGGAUGAUCCCAACGGGAAGGAGCGACCUCUGCCCAUCUUGCCAAAGGAUCACAUGUUGGCUGAGUUAAGUACAACAAACAAAGAGUGGAUCAUUACAUUCCACGAGCAUGAUUCUCUUCUGGAAAAUGUCGAGGAACAGAAACUGACGGAGGAUGAAAAGAAGGCAGCGUGGGAAGACUAUGAGAACGAAAAGAAGGGAAUCAACAUGAACAUGCAGAAGAUGAUGGGUGGUGCGAUGAUGGGGGGGAUGAUGCCAGGCCAGAUAGGCUCUGUCCAACAGCAGAUGCUGGCCACCCAGCAGUUGAACAUGCAGAACCUCCUCCUGCAGGGCUCAGCCAACCUGGGACAGUCUGCCGUACUCCAGAAAGUACAGGAUCUUAAGGCUAGGGAGGAUGAGGGUGCAAUGAUGGCUGAGGGGGAGGAAACAGCGGAUGAGACAGGGAUUGCAACUGAUCUCCAGGAGACAGGGGAGGAAAGCCAUCUGCAGGAGGCAGGGGACACAACCCAGCAGGAUGAGCACCUGGCUGAGGAGUCAGAACCAACAGAACUUGAACAACAUGACGAUGGCAUGUCUGAAGUGAAGGAUGAACCAAUGGAUACUUCUGACCAGCCACAGGACUUUGACUUGUGCAACAACUGUUACCAAAAAGAUGGCCAUAAUCACGAGAUAGACCGGUUGGGUCUCGACCUGGACGACGGGUCUUCUGGUGGUGACAAGCAAGAUCCUCAAGAGAAUCGCAAACAGUCUAUUCAGCGGUGUAAUCAGUCGCUGGUUCAUGCUUGUGGUUGUAAGGAUGCCAACUGCAGUUUGCCUGGCUGUAUUAAAAUAAAACGUGUUGUGGCGCAUACAAGAAUGUGUAGGAGAAAGACAAACUCUGGGUGUCCUAUCUGUAAGCAGCUGAUUGGAUUGUGUUGCUAUCAUGCAAAACAGUGUAAUGAACAGAAGUGUCAAGUGCCAUUUUGCCAGCAAAUCAGGCAAAAGUUGCGUCAGCCAGAGUUGCAACAGAGGCUACAUCUGGCGCAGGCAGCUAAACAGUCCCAGGAGGCCGCACCGAGACAGGCUGGCAGCAUGGGUAAAGGCAAGAACAUGGGUGGAGGCACCAUUCCCCAGCAGUGGCCUCAGGCCACUCAGAAGAUACCACAGCCAGUGCCCCAGACCAUACCUUAGUCCAUCUUGCCCCAGAACAUCCAGCAGCAGCAGCAAAAUGCUCCCAACAUUGGUCGAGAGAGGCUAUGCAGCAGCCCCGAAUGCUUGUCCAGAACCAAAUCAUGGUUGGCAUGACAGAUGGCGUACCUGGCAUGAAUAGUGUCAUGAACCAGAACAGGGCUCAGCCAAUGAUUCAGAGACCGCCUGGCCAGAGGGCACCCAAUGAGGCACUGGAGCAGUUGAUGCGUACUUUGAAAUCUCCGCCAUCCCCACAGCAACAACAGCAGGUUAUACAGAUCCUGAAAUCAAAUCCUCAGUUGAUGGCAGCUUUCAUUAAGCAGAGGAAUUCACCAGUGCAGGGAGUUGGUGGUUUGGCUCCCAGUCCGAUGCAGCCGCGGCCCAACAACCCUUAGAUGCAGGCAACGGCUGGCAUGCAGCAGAACAAGGCCCUCAGUCAGCCUAACAUUACAUGCUGUGGCAGCAGAGGAUGCGACCACAGCAACAGCAGAUGGGGCAGCCACCACAGCAGCAGCAUAUGGGGCAGCCCCAACAGCAACAUAUGGGCCACUUCAACCCGCCGCCACCUCCGUUUAACCAACAAUGAACGCAGAUGUCCCAUUAUGUGCAGCAGCAGAGGUUCCAGAGAGACGGCAUGCAGUUCCAGAACCAAAACCACCUGAUGAUUCACCAGGUCCAGCAGCAUCUCAAUCAGCAGAUAGCCGGGACCAGCCUGUCAAUCCUCAGAUGCUGUCCCAGCAGACCUCCAACAUCAUGCAGCAGGUUCGCUGACCCCCUCCUCCACCCUGCACCUGAAGUGCGCUCACCCCAGCCCACACCAUCACUGCGACAACAGCUCAAUCCGUCUCCUAGGCAACCCCAGAUGUCGCCGCAUCACAUACCUCCGAACCAAUCGCCCGACCCUGGCAUGCAUGGUCAGGACUAUAAUCAAAUGACAUCGGAUUCAGUGGUGCUAUCCCAGUUACAAUCUCACAAUUCUGUGCCUCAAGAUCAGAACCCAGGCCUUGAUAUGGUGCACUCGCUUUCACCGGACAAUGAAGUGAGUCAGUUAUAACCACAGGAUCAAUUAUCGCGGUUUGUCGAAACAUUAUAGCAGGGCUUGAAAGCAACCGUAUUCAUGUGUUGAAGUGCGCUACACGAUAUAAAACCAAAACUUAAGUGUUUUCAUUAUCAUUCUUUGUACAAACAUUUAGUAAUUUAUGGAAGAUAGAAUUUGUUUCAUAAUGUAAUAUAUCCUUAAUUAUAACGAAAGAUUUUCCCCUGAUGUUGUUUAUGUGUUCUCAAACAUUGCACAAAGUGUCAAGCAGUGUGACAGUGUGAAUAGGAUGUUGUUAAAAUAAUUCAUUAAAGUUAUUUUAUAGUUAACAUUGUACAUAAAAUAUAUCUUAUCUUAUUCCACUUUCAUAUCUGUACAGAAUUUACCAGCAAUUCAAAUUAUUUGUGGUACAGUGGACUGGCUUCUUGGACUCCUUUAUUUAUUUUUUUAACAUUUUUUACCCGAUUCCAAGAGAAACCAGUGCACUAUGUAAGAACAAAUUGCUACCGUCGUAGUUAAUAUGUCGGAUAUGUUGGUAAUGUCAUGUUAAGUGCUGAUAUUGCAAAUAAUGUAAAACAAAAUAAACAUUAUUAUGACUUCAUUUGUUUUAUUUUGCGCAAUUGAUGCUGAUUGAAUGCUAGAUGAUGUACAGUAUCUGUAUAAAAUAUAAUUAAAACUGUA